CCCGUCUGCAGUCAGAUGUUGAGCAGAAAUGUGACUGUUAUUAAAGAUUCAUCAAAGAUCAACCAGUGUCAGUGAUCGGCUCACAAUGACAGAUGCUGUGAUGGCCACUAAAGGUGUCCACGUGUCGUCUGGACCGUGCGCCGGUGCUGAACUCACCGAUGAGGAGAAGGAGAUCAUCAACAGCGUCAUCGCCCGGGCUGAAAAAAUGGAGGCGAUGGAGCAGGAGAGGAUCGGGCGUCUGGUGAAUCGUCUGGAUAACAUGAAGAAAACGGUGUGUGGUGACGGAGUGUCUCGCUGUCUGUUGUGCGGAGAACAGCUGGGAACUCCGGGUGUGAGCUCUGUGGUGUGCGAGGACUGCAAGAAGAACAUGUGUACUAAGUGUGGAGUACAGGCGAACUCUCGACCGCGAUCUGUCUGGCUCUGCAAGAUCUGCAGCGAACAGAGAGAGGUGUGGAAACGAUCUGGAGCCUGGUUCUUCAAAGGCCUCCCGAAACAGUUCUUACCCUCACCCAUUCCCAUCUCUAGAGGCAAAGACCCCAGUCCUCAGCGGACCCCUGCUGUACGGCCUCAAGGACAGGUCGCAGGUCCAGUACAGGGUCACCCACCUGCUGCAGAGUCUCAGGCUACAAGUUCAGAGCUAACAAGAAAUCCACAGAUCUCUCCAAAACCGGCCGUGGCUCCAAAACCUGUUGAUCUUCAGUCUCGCUGUUCCUCAGAGUCAGACGGAGGUCUUCACAACAGUCCUGUAGCGAUGAAGAAAAUGGUGAAUGUGAAUGCAGCCCGACCCGUUACAUCUGCCGCAGCCCAGCCGGCAGGUGCAGAGAGAGGAAACUAUCAAUCCACUGUUGUGCAGGAGAGAGCGCCCCCUGUUGAGCCGGAGGAGCGGAGGAGCACUGUUUAUAACCAACAUCAGAGCGCUCCACCGGUGGACGACGAGGAGGAAACUAACAGCUAUGACUCUGAUGAAGCAACUACUCUGGGAGCUCUGGAGUUCACUUUACUGUAUGAUCAACAGAACAACAGUCUUCAUUGUAACAUCAUCAGAGGAAAGGGUUUAAAGCCAAUGGAUUCUAAUGGACUGGCAGACCCGUAUGUGAAGCUUCAUCUGUUACCCGGUGCCAGUAAGUCAAAUAAAUUGCGCACCAAGACGCUACGAAACACUCGCAACCCGACCUGGAACGAGACGCUGGUGUAUCACGGGCUGACAGACGAAGACAUGCAGCGCAAGACCCUCAGAAUAUCUGUGUGUGACGAGGAUAAGUUUGGCCACAAUGAGUUCAUUGGAGAAACGCGGUUUGCUCUGAAGAAGCUGAAGUUUAAUCAGAAGAAGAACUUGAGCGUGUGUCUGGAGAGAGUUGUUCAGACUAAGAGAACGUCCACUGCUGGAGGUGCACGAGGAAUGUCUCUCUAUGAGGACGAGACCGGGAAAGAGGGAGUUGAGUCUGAGGAGAGAGGCCGUAUUCUGAUAUCACUCAUGUACAACAGUCAGCUGAGUCGCCUCAUCAUCGGCGUCGUACGCUGUGUUCAUCUCGCAGCCAUGGAUGCUAAUGGAUACUCGGAUCCUUUUGUUAAAAUAUAUCUGAAACCUGACAUGGGGAAGAAAGCAAAGAACAAGACACAGAUCAAGAAGAAAACCCUUAACCCUGAGUUUAAUGAGGAAUUCAGCUAUGAGAUAAAACACGCAGAACUGGCCAAAAAGACCCUGGAUAUCUCUGUAUGGGACUAUGAUAUGGGCAAAUCCAACGAUUAUAUAGGUGGAUGUCAGCUGGGUAUCACUGCCAAAGGCGAGCGUUUGAAACACUGGUACGAAUGCCUGAAGAACAAGGACAAGAAGAUCGAGCGCUGGCACACUCUACUGAAUGAAAAUCACGUCUCCAGCGAUUAAAGUCUGGACGCUCGUGCAUGCCUUAGAGCUCCGCUCACCUGCCGCAAAUCCUCCACGUACUGCUUAUCACCCAACACUGAUGACAUCGGGAGCUCCGGCCACUGUGACUCCAAUUCAAAUGAGCAAAGGUCAGCGCUCGUGUGCAAAACAAACACGCAGAAUGAUAUUUACUGUACUUCUCUAAUCUGGCCCCCGUAGAAUAGAAGCGCAUUUUCAUUUCGAAGUUCUAGUUGAAUAGAAACUGUGAAAACUGCAGAUCUUUAUCUUGUUGGCAUGCCUUAAUGUCAGGUUUCUUGAACGCCUUUUCUUUGUUCUUGAAAAAAAAUCCUAGAGGUAAUUCCUCUUAAUAGCAUUCGACCGUAUGAAGUGAAGCAGAUACGGAAUAUGUUUCAACCAGUUUACAGGUCAACAACGAAUGUCACCUUGUACUGUUCUGAUAACCAAACCAAAACUCAAGACUGAAUAUGACUAACAAACAAACGCUGUGCUCGAGAAAUGUUUACAAACACAAUACCGAGAAGAAGAAACUCUGUACCGUUGUGAUAAAACAUACAACAGAUGCUUUAGAGUCAUCUAGUUUAGAAAGUUUGGUCCUGUUAGAAAUGAUUUGGUGAAAUGAUCGGUUUAUCAUUGUUAAUAGAUCUUCUGAUGAAGACGCAAGCGUUUUUGUGACACAUCAUGUUUGUCUGCAUGUGUUGCCUGAUUCAUCUGCUUUUAAACUCUGUGCUUAUUUUUGUUCUCAUCACAUCACGUGCAGCACAGAAAUGUGUCUUAUCAAAGUCUAAUGAAAAAGAAAAAGGCCGCGUCUGAGCUAAUCUCUAUGCAUUUGAAAACAGUUUUUUUUGUUAAAGGCGCAGUUUGUAAAAUCAAUUAAAAUUGUGAAGGACCGUCGUCUUCAACUCCACCACUAAUAAUCAAUCAUACGUGAAUGAGAAAUCAAAAUUCAUACAAUUACUUCAUUACUAUUUAGUCAGAUGAUCUCAAAAUGAUGACUGCUUGUUCAGUAAAUAUACACAUGACAUUCGUAACAUUCAAACAAUAAGACUAAUGUCGUUGAUAGAAUAAUAAUCAUAUGUUUCUGUCCGUAAAGGAUCUAAACAGUUGCUCAUCUGUUUAAUAAAACAUGCAAGAUCAGCGUCUAGUUCAAAUUUAGUUGUGCAGCUCUCUCCAUUAGGAAAUGCCACUCGAUAUUGAUCCCAGCUGGAUCUCUCUGUUAUAUCUUCUUGUCCCAAAUUCUUCUUGGGUCAUUUGGUUUACCGUAUGUGUUUGAUGAAAGAACCAGCUCCAAACAGUAAAGAAUAAUUGUGCUACAUAACGACUGCACAAAACAAGAUAGUUGCUUGAUAGACGCUACAAACGUAUACGUUCACAUUUGCCCACAAGACUGUCUUGUCAUGGUUUCUACGGCAGUGAAAGCGGAAACCGAGUGUAACGGCAGAGAUUGUGUUAUUAAGCCUGUGGCAUACUUCUUUUUUUUUAAGUGUAUGCGAGUGUAGUCGUAAAGCCGAACAGCGUACAGCCUUGCUUAACUGCUUUCGACUCAAACGCUUACACACUGCUUUUGACGCAUGCGCAUUAAGACAUAUAGUAAUACCUCUCCGUGGCUACUGAGGACAAGUACUCUUCUACUUCCUCGAAUCGAUGCUCAAAGGACAUGGUUACCACCUGGUGAUUAAAGUAAUUAAUGCAAAAUUCCAGCAGUGCGCGUACAGUUCGCAUGUAUUAUUCAGAUGACCAGAUUUGCGUCAUUCGCACUGUACGCCGUCCUUCAAA